AUGGCCAGGCCGGCCCAGGCUGGCUGGAAGACGAAUCCGAUGAACCUUCGGACCGGCUGGGCAGCGGCGGAGGCAGUGGCGGCGGCAGCGGCUUCCAGACAGGGCGCCGCCCCCCCCCCCCACGCCCCGCUUCGCCUCCCACCAGCGCAGCCUACCCUGCGCGCCCGGCCUAGGCCCGGUUUGGGGCGCAUUGCGCGGGGCCGGGAUGAUGUCAUGGCUUCGUUCUUAAAGCGGUCUAAAGCUAGCAGUGCCUCCCGCAAACGGGGCACCGAUGGACUCGACGUGGAGCGCUACAGGCCUCUGCGUUUCGCUGUCGCGAAGGCGGUGGCGUGCAUGCGUGGGCCAGUCCAAGUACGAGGAAACCUAGAGGGGCGGGGUGGAGAGGAGGAUAGACGGAAGGGGAACAUCGGCUGCGCGCAGUCGGGUGCGCGCUCCGGCUCGUCCGCGCGCCGGAAACAGCCGCUCAGCUGCGGAAGUCGGGGGCUGGACAUCCAGAACAAGCGCUUCUACUUGGACGUGAAGCAGAACGCCAAGGGCCGCUUCCUGAAGAUUGCCGAGGUGGGAGCGGGCGGCUCCAAGAGUCGCCUCACGCUUUCUAUGGCCGUAGCCGCCGAGUUUCGAGACUACCUGGGCGACUUCAUCGAGCACUACGCGCAGCUGGGGCCCAGCAGCCCCGAGCAGAUCGCGGCGGCCGCAGCAGCAGCGGGCGCCGAGGACGGCGGCGGGCCCCGGCGGGCGCUUAAGAGUGAGUUCCUCGUGCGGGAGAACCGCAAGUACUACCUGGACCUCAAGGAGAAUCAGCGCGGCCGCUUCCUGCGCAUCCGCCAGACCAUCAACCGCGGGCCCGGCGCGGGCGGCGGCUUCGGCGGUGGAGGCGGGCCAGGGCCCGGGGGAGGAGGCCUGCCGAGCGGCCAGACCAUCGCGCUGCCCGCGCAAGGCCUCAUCGAGUUUCGAGACGCGCUCGCUAAGCUCAUUGACGACUACGGCGGAGACGAUGACGAGCUGAGCGGCGGACCCGGCUACGGGGAGCUGCCCGAAGGCACGUCCAUCACGGUGGACUCUAAGCGUUUCUUCUUCGACGUGGGCUGCAACAAGUACGGCGUGUUUCUGCGGGUGAGCGAGGUGAAGCCAUCCUACCGCAACGCCAUCACCGUGCCCUUCAAGGCGUGGGGCAAGUUCGGAGGCGCCUUCUGCCGCUACGCCGACGAGAUGAAGGAGAUCCAGGAGAGGCAGCGCGACAAGCUGUACGAGCGCCGGGGCGGCGCCGGGGACGAGUCCGAGGGUGAGGAUGUAGAUGACGACUGAAGCUGGGGCAGCCUCCCCUAACCAGUACCCCUACCCCCCUCUGAACCGCAACACCCCUGCCCCCGCCCAGAAAUCCCUACCCGCUGGAAUGAUCCCCUUCCCACUCACCCCGUGUAGCUGGGGCCUAGAAAUGGAGCGAAGGGGAGGCCCCCAGAGAAACAAACCAACAAGAAAAUAACAAGCAAUUCUAAUUAAAGAAAUAACCACCCGGAAACUUGUGGACAACUAGAAGAGAGCGGCAAGUUUAAAGGAGCUGACACCGACCUGAGAGGUGAGGAGAAAUCUCUUCUUCUCACCUGAGAGAAAUAGCCUCAACCCCGCCCCCCCUUUCACCCACCUGAGCUAUCAACUUCAUCCAAGAUUACAUCCUCGCUGGCCUUUGACCUGGAGGUAGAAACGAGUUUAAAUUGCCCAGAGCACCCACCCAAGGAUAUUUGAUUUUGAGUUGCUGUUCCUGGCCUGCUUAAAUCGGUUCUAUAAUUCUUCCCGUUACCCCCCACCCCCAUUCAGUGUGGAAUCCCUUCACCUUCUUUGAAACCAGCAUCUUGGUGUCUAAAUCUUUGCUUAAGUCCAUGAAGAUAAGGGAGAGAGGCAAGUUACCCAUUUCCAAAGGUGCAGGUCCAUAAAGGGAAAUACAAAUUUAAAGAUACAUAAUAAUCAUGGACUUACUGGGCAGAAAUUAAAAUUCAAAAGCUCUUGGGGGAAAAUAUGGAAACCAAUUUGGAUUUUAAAAUAAGGUUUUGGAAGGAACCUGGACCAAUGUCUAUUGUCUUUUUCUUUGCAGAAUUUACCCCCUUCCCCCAUGCAAACUGAUGGAGAUAUCAGUGUUUGAACUGGAAUCCAUUACUAAAAUAGUUUUGAAGUUGGCAAGGUUUCUGAAGAUUUUAAUGGACAUUUUUAUAUUGGGGAGGGGGGGUUGCAUAAGAAGAAAUCAGGCAUAAAGCACAAGGAAAACUGUUUGAGUGGAUUGGUUGCUACUCACUAAAGUUCUUCCCCUUCUCUCCAAAUAUGGAGGUUAUUAUAAAGAAAUGGCUUAGGUAUGAAGAAAUGAGAGCCAGCUUUCCUAUGGCUCCAAAAGUGUAAGCCUGUGAAUAGUAGAUAAUUCAGCAAUUCCAUCCAAUGGCUGACUGGAUUUUAAACCAUAACUUGCAUGAUAUCAGCAAAAAGAAACAUGUGGCUACAAGCCUGAGCUUUGAAAGAAUGACUGACAUCCAUACAAAAGUUGGAAAUGAACAAAACUGAAGCCUCCAUUUACCUUCAGUUUACUCUAUGGACUUGUUCAAAUAACAACAUCCUCAGGUCCAGAAUUUCCAGCAUCAGUUAUUCUUUUACAAGAAUUUUUAAAGGAGAACUUGAUCCAUUUUAUCAGUACCUCACAAUCAAAGUUGGCACAUGAUGGAUGGAUGAUUCAGAGCAGCAGGCCCUAUGGAAGCUGAAAUCCAUCACUAAAAGGAGCUGAAGUGAAAAUGAAUAAGCUGACUAUACCCUGAAAGCUUUUUUAUACCAUCUUGAAAUUUCAACAUAAACUGGCUUCUGCCAGUUCAUCUUAGCUGUCUUUCAAGAAUAAAAGUUGGGGUUUUCAAGGAUCACCUCUUCUAUAUUUUAAA